AUGGCUCCUUGGGCACACCUAGCUUUAGUCUCUCUUUUCACCCCUCUCCUGGCUUCCCCGGUGCCAGAGGAUACACUCCAUCUGCAUGAAAGGGCAGCAGAGGGCUAUGAAUCGCCUCCAUACUACCCUACCCCUCCGGGAGGAUGGAUCGCCGACUGGAGCGAGGCCUAUUCAAAGGCGCAACACAUCGUCGGCAACAUGACACUUGCCGAGAAAGUCAACCUCACCACCGGCACAGGCUUCUUCAUGGGCCCCUGCGUAGGUCAAACAGGUAGCGUUCCCCGGUUUGGAAUCCCAAAUAUCUGUCUUCAGGAUAGUCCGCUUGGGAUCCGCAAUUCGGAUCACAACACUGCCUUUCCGCCUGGGAUUACGGUGGGUGCGACGUUCAACAAGGACCUCAUGUAUGAGCGUGGCGUUGGAAUUGGCGAGGAGGCACGCGGCAAGGGCGUGAACAUCCAGUUGGGCCCUUCUGUGGGAGCCCUGGGUCGGAAGCCUCGCGGCGGCCGGAACUGGGAAGGCUUUGGUGCUGAUCCCGUUCUGCAAGCGUAUGGAGGGGCUGAGACGAUCAAGGGAAUGCAGAGUACCGGGGCCAUUGCGGCUCUCAAGCAUUUCAUUGGCAAUGAGCAGGAAAUGCAUCGCAUGAGCAGUGUCGUGACCCGGGGGUAUUCGUCCAACAUUGAUGACCGCACCCUGCAUGAGAUGUAUCUUUGGCCGUUCGCCGAGGGUGUUCGUGCUGGCGCGGGUUCUGUGAUGACCGCGUACAGUGAUGUAAAUAGCUCCAGUUGUAGUCAAAACAGCAAGCUUCUCAAUGGUGUGCUCAAGGAUGAGCUGGGCUUCCAGGGCUUCGUCAUGACUGACUGGCUGGGCCAUUACUCGGGUGUUCCUUCGGCACUGGCUGGCUUGGACAUGGCCAUGCCUGGCGAUGGUGCUGUGCCGUUAUUCGGAGACAGCUACUGGGGACCCGAGCUGUCGCGCUCCGUUCUGAAUGGGAGUGUUCCUGUGAGCCGUCUGAACGACAUGGUCACUCGUAUUGUUGCCACUUGGUACAAGUUCGGCCAGGAUAAAGACUACCCUCUUCCCAACUUCUCGACCAACACCCAAAACAAGGAGGGUCCUCUGUACCCCGGAGCCCUCUUCUCCCCUAGCGGUGUCGUCAACCAUUUCGUCGAUGUCCAAGGGAAUCACAAUGUUACUGUCCGCAAAGUGGCCCGGGAGGCAAUUACCUUGCUGAAGAACGAGAUGAACAUCCUCCCUCUCCGCCGGAAUGACACCCUCAAAGUGUUUGGAAGCGACGCCGGUGGGAACCCAGACGGUCUCAACGCAUGUGCCGAUCAAGGAUGCAACAAGGGUGUUUUGACGAUGGGAUGGGGAAGUGGCACUGCCAGGCUGCCAUAUCUCAACACACCGCAAGAAGCCAUUGCAAACAUCACCAAGAACGUUGAAUUCCACAUCACCGACUCCUUCCCCUCGAGUGUCACUGCCAGCGCCAAGGACAUCGCUCUCGUGUUCAUCAAUGCCGACUCAGGCGAGAACUUCAUAACCGUCGAAGGCAACCCAGGCGAUCGCACCCAGGCCGGACUCAAGGCGUGGCACAACGGUGACGAGCUUGUCAAAGCCGCAGCGAAGAAAUUCCCCAACGUUGUCGUAAUCGUACAUACCGUCGGCCCAAUCCUGAUGGAAGAAUGGAUUGAAUUGAAAUCCGUCAAAGCCGUGCUCAUCGCUCACCUCCCAGGCCAAGAAGCCGGCAACUCCCUCACUGACAUCCUCUUCGGCGACUAUAGCCCAAGUGGACACAUGCCGUACACCAUCCCCCGCAGCGAAGACGACUACCCCGAGAGCGUGGGCUUGGUGAGCCAACCCUUCGGCCAAAUCCAAGAUACGUUCUCCGAAGGCCUGUACAUCGACUACCGUCACUUCCUCAAAGCCAACAUCACGCCCCGAUACCCCUUCGGCCAUGGUCUUUCAUACACCACCUUCAACUUCUCCCACCCUUCGUUAUCAACCCUCACACCACUCGAUACAGCCUACCCACGCGCCAGAACAGUCAAGCCAUCAACCCCGGUCUACGACACCGCUAUCCCCCCCGCCUCGGAAGUCGCCUGGUCUUCAUUCACCCUCAACCGCAUCUGGCGCUACCUCUACCCAUACCUCGAUAAUCCGGAAUCCAUCACCUCCACAAACAAGUACCCCUACCCAGCCGGGUAUACGACAGAUAUUCACGAGUCUCCACGCGCAGGAGGCGGGGAAGGUGGUAAUCCCGCCCUCUUUGAAACAGUAUUCUCUGUAAAGCUGCAGGUCCGAAAUACCGGCAUGCGAGCCGGCAAGGCUGUACCGCAGCUUUAUGUUGAGUUGCCUUCCAGUUUGGGCGAUGUGCCCAAGUUACAGUUACGCCAGUUUGAGAAGACGAAGGAGCUUGCGCCUGGUGAGAGUCAGACUGUGACGCUUGGCAUCACUCGCAAGGAUGUGAGUGUUUGGGAUGUUGUUGUGCAGGAUUGGAAGGCUCCUGUUCAUGGUCAGGGUGUUAAACUCUGGGUUGGGAACAGUGUUGCUGAUCUUCCUGUUCUGUGUGUUGUCGGUGGGCAAUGUUCGGUGUAG